UUCUUUUUUCUUUCAUUUCCUCCCCGAACUCCCAACCAAGGCGUUAAAGCUCUCGCAGCAGACGGGAAAAAACGUCUUUUUUUCCUCCUUCGACGUCUCUUGCUUCUGCUUCUCCUCCUCGAUCGUCACCACCCGCUUCAUCUUUCUCCUUCGAUUCCCAUUGGUUCGAACUGAGGGCGCCGAUUGGUCCCUCUUUGCAGCGUCUUCUCCCCCCCCCCGCUCUCGACCACCGACCCAACCGAAUUUUGAACAGAGAUGUUAGUCAUUUUUUGACUCUCAUGGAUGGAGCAUCUUAUGUGUUAUUAACGUUCAAAUCAUGGCAUCUGCAAUAUUCUCGCACCUGCAGAACCUGUGGCCAUUCUCCAUAUUUAAGACUGAUGAUCUGAAAGUUUCAGCACGAUUGGUUCGUAAGCUUUCAAUCCCAGAGAAGACAAAACAAUUUGUUUUUGCUAUUAGAGAACCUGAAUCUGAUGCUGUGGUGUAUAUUUUGGCUGCUAAUAACUUGUCUGAACAAUCUGCACUUGACGCAGAGUAUCUAAUUAAAGAAGUACAGCCUAGAGUUGUUGUAGCUCAGGUUGAUCCAUCAGCAUUGGAUGAUAUUCAGGCUGAGGAGAAGUGUUUAAAAAGUGAUCAAUUAAACAAUGUGCCGACUUCAUCUUUUGGAGUGCUUAAAAGAUGUUUGACAGAAAAGAUUAACAGAAAGCAGUAUGAAAAUUUUGCCGGCUUCCAGAUCUUACAAGAGAUUUUUGGUGUUGGAUUAUACGGUCAUUUCUUGGCUGCUAAGAGAGCUGCAGAAGAUAUUGAUUCACAUUUUCUGUUACUUGAGUCCCCAUAUGAAAAUAAAUGUAUUGCAACUCCCCCAGGCAAUGUGGAAAGUAGAAAACAAAGCUCAGGGUUACACUUACAGAUGAGUAGCUUGAUUCCUGGAAAAGUUACUCCAGCUGUCUGCUCAAAUUCUAGAAAAUUUAGCCUCACGGGCGCUCUUCAGUCAGAGGUGGUUCGGUCAUUAGCAUCCUCUCUUGAUUUAUUAAUUCCAGAAGCAACUUUGUCCACCUCAGUUUCAGAUGUGGGAACAGGAGAAUGCAAGCCAUCAAGUAGCUACCAAGCUCCACCAUUUGCGCAAUCUGUCUACCCCUUGCUAGCAGAUCUACAUGACAUAUUCAUUGACCUUCCAUCUAUUGGAAAAGCUCUAUUUUCUGCACAGAAAAUGCUUACUAAUGUAAAUGAAGGAGAGCCAGUUGAUACUGAAAUCGUAUCCAAUAUAUAUGCCUUCAGAAUUGCAGUUGAGGGUCUCAGAAUAGCUUUAAACAGUGCUGCACGGUUUCCCAUUGAGAGAACAGAGAAUGGCAACUCAGCAAAGUUGGAGUUCUCUGAGCUCCCAUCUGAGGAGAAAUGCCAUGUACUUUUUGCACAAGCUCUUAGGAUCCAAGCCAGAAAGUUUGGGUCGGCUGUGGCUAUAGUUAAUGCGGGUUGCUUGGCUGGUCUCAGGAGGCAUUGGAACACAUCCUUGCCUCAAGAGGUUGCAGAUUUAGCUGAUGAGCUUUUAGCAUUUCAGUAUGAAGAUAAACGUAAUACUGAUGGGGAAAUGGUGAUGGAAAACAUGGAAAGGAAGCGGCUAUUAGCAGAUAAGCCUGUGAUUGCUGUUGGUGCAGGAGCAACCGCAAUUCUGGGUGCAUCUUCCCUAUCAAAAGCCAUUCCUGCAUCCACAUUUAUUAAGCUUGCUGCGUACAAGAUCCCCACAUCCCUUAAAUUUGGCUUAGUCCAACUGCAACGAAAAGCUUUUAUUGGAGUCAGCAAAUUUCUUGGCCCAUCAAAACUUUCUGGUGUUGCAAGUGCUGGAGCCAAGACGUCAACCAUGAAGUUUACAGCAUCAGCUGAGAAGAUCCGUGCAGUGACACACAGUAUGCUUGCCUCGGCUGAAAGGACUACCUUAUUGGCAAUGCGGACAUCAUUCUAUGAGAUAAUGAGGAUGAGACAUACUCAACCAUUUAGGAUUGGACCAUGGGCCACCUUUGGUUGUAGCAUGGCGGUGUGCACUGGGCUUCUCACCUAUGGAGAUGGGAUUGAGUGUGCAGCUGAGUCAGUGCCAUCAGUUCCCAUGAUUGCCUCUUUGGGUCGUGGUCUCCAGAGCCUGCACCAGACAUCUCAGGAAGUGAGACAGACAAAUGGCCCAAAGAUACAGGAAGCUUUACAGUCUUUGAUGUACAGUUUGAAGAAAAUAAAAGUUUCAGUAAACAAGGUUUGAGAUCUUUCCUAUGCAAACCAGUAUUUAUAGAGGAAACCAUGCUUCAAAAAAAAAAAACCCGCUAAGCGCUAUCUGUCCAUCUCCAAGUGGUAGGAAAUAGGGAAAUACAUCUGUGCUCCUCUGGCUACGAUCUGCUUUCUGUAGUAGAAGAGCUUAAUAUUUGCUAUUAUAACUAGCAGGUGAUGAAACGAUUAGGGUUUUUGGGGUGCAUUUCUGUAUAAAGAGCAGUAAUGUUUUUAUCAAAUUCCAUCAACCGCUAGUGAAUAUAUGUGCUGAGUCUUCAUGUAGA